UAAUUGCACGCCGUGUCCGGCGUGCUGCUCGUUCUUUUUCGUUCAUCAUUUGAUAGACGCGGUAGACACGGAGUAAUCCGUUUUAAUCGGCGAUAUAACAUAGCCGAGAGUGAUUCAAAAUGACGGAAACUUUACAAUUAAGAGGCACGCUUCGUGGCCACAAUGGAUGGGUCACGCAAAUUGCGACAAACCCGAAAUAUCCGGACAUGAUUUUAUCUUCUUCACGUGAUAAGACUCUGAUCGUUUGGAAAUUGACGCGUGACGAAGCUAACUAUGGCAUCCCACAAAAACGUCUUUAUGGGCACUCGCACUUCAUAAGCGACGUAGUUCUUUCAUCCGAUGGCAAUUAUGCUCUGUCUGGUUCGUGGGACAAAACGUUGCGUCUUUGGGAUUUGGCAGCAGGUCGUACGACUAGAAGAUUUGAAGACCAUACCAAGGAUGUUUUGAGCGUCGCUUUCUCUGUGGACAAUCGUCAAAUUGUCUCCGGUUCACGAGACAAGACGAUUAAAUUAUGGAAUACAUUAGCUGAAUGCAAAUAUACCAUCCAGGAUGAUGGACACACAGACUGGGUCAGCUGUGUGCGCUUCUCUCCCAACCACGCGAAUCCUAUCAUUGUUUCUGCAGGCUGGGAUCGUGUUGUCAAGGUCUGGAAUUUGACGAACUGCAGAUUAAAGAUCAAUCAUAGUGGUCAUACAGGAUAUCUGAAUACUGUUACAGUAUCACCUGAUGGAUCACUGUGCGCAUCUGGUGGAAAGGAUUGCAAAGCUAUGUUGUGGGAUCUGAAUGAUGGAAAACAUCUUCAUACUUUGGAUCAUAAUGACAUCAUUACAGCUUUAUGCUUCAGUCCUAAUCGUUAUUGGCUUUGCGCCGCGUUUGGACCAUGGAUCAAAAUCUGGGAUCUUGAGACUAAAGAAAUGGUCGAAGAAUUAAAACCUGAAGUCGUAUCUGCAACCAGUAAAUCAGAACCUCCCCUCUGCCUGUCUCUCGCAUGGUCCACUGACGGCCAGACACUAUUUGCUGGGUAUUCUGAUAAUACUAUUCGUGUCUGGCAAGUUUCUGUAUCUAGCAGAUAAAUACUUUAUAAUAAAAACUUACAAUUCUCAACAAUA